AUGGCUUCCUCCGCCACGGCCGAGGCCUCCGAGACGCACCAGUUCCCGCUCCCUCCAAUCCUCGAGUACCCCGCCUCGACCCCGCCGGCCCUCAUCACCCAAGGCGCCGAGGGCCGCCUCUACAAGACGACAUACCUCCAGCCCGACCUGCCCUGCGCGCUCAAGUACCGCCCGCCCAAGCCCUGGCGGCACCCGACCCUCGACCAGCGCCUGACCAAGCACCGCAUCCUGUCCGAGGCGCGGAUCCUUGCCAAGUGCCGCCGCGAUGGCGUCCGUGUGCCGACCGUCUACGCCAUUGACGAGGCCGCUGGGUGGUUGAUGCUCGAGUGGAUUCACGGCACGCCGGUCCGGGCCAAUAUCAACGAGUGGCUGGGCAACAGGACCGAGGGCAUCGAGGCCGAUGAGCCGUUCAAGAGUCUCAUGCGCCGAAUAGGCGCCGCCGUGGGCAAGAUGCACAAGAUCGGCAUUGUCCAUGGCGACCUAACGACAAGCAACAUGAUGCUGGCCCCGUCGCGGAGCGGCAUCGACUUCAAGGAUGACCAGCCGCAAGGUCACGUCCUGCAUGGGGAGGUUGUCAUCAUCGACCUCGGCCUCGCCAGCGGCAGCAUUCAGGACGAAGACCGCGCAGUUGACUUGUACGUCUUGGAGCGUGCGUUCGGCAGCACACACCCGCGCGCCGAGUGCAUAUUCAAGGAGGUGUUGGAAGAGUAUAGGAAAUCUUUCAAGCAAGCUCCAGUGGUUCUCAAGAAACUUGAGGAUGUGAGAAUGAGAGGACGAAAACGGAGUAUGAUUGGGUAA